AUGUGCAGCUUCGCGGAACAAAGUGCCAACCAACGUGACAACAUGUGCUGGUGCUUCGAAGAGAUUAGCCUCAUGCUGCUGGUGCAACGAAUCCUGAUGUAUCUGUGGUAUCGGUUGCUGCUGAAGAUGUUCCCGCGUUUGAGUGUGUUGCCCAACUGCCACGAAUGUUCGCCCCGGCGUAGCCUGCCCUGCGGUCAGCUAGCAGACGAGUAUUGGAAGGCUUCCUACUUCUCGCGCACGCUGCACCAGACACAGAACCACCUGUACGAGAACAACCUUCAGCAACCCUUCCGAACGGCCGGUUUCUGUAAACACAUCCAGCCGGAACCACCAUCCUACGAAGCGAUCGCGCCGUUCGAGGACAACGAAGAGGAGCAUAACUUCAACUUUAACUGCAGUGACAUAAGCCACGUUUAUCAGAGCACCUUUCUGGACGAGUACGACGAGUGUUUACUGGAGGAAGAUAUUGCUUGGGAUAUGCCAGUGCCAGAUAUGAAGCCAAAGAACCAACCGUUGGAGGAGGAAAUUACGCUACUACUAAACGAUUACUACAUCGACGACGAUUUGAACGAUCAUCUACAAAUGGCCGUUUAUGAGACGGCGAUCGGGAAUAGUUUUUUCGGCGAUUCGUGGAUUGAUUAG